UACAAAAGUUAGACCUUAAGAAUUGUUAAAUCUGUAUCUUUCAUCAAAUAAACAUGAAUAUUAAAAUCGCAGGUAUUUUCAACAUCCUAGCUUUAUUGUUGUUGGUUGCUGGGGCUCUAGCUCCAGGCUGGGUAGUAAUCGAGAGUUCUGGCAAUUCAAUCCAUGUUGGACUCUUUUAUACAGUCGCAAAUGGUUCUACUGGUCGCAGUUUAUCAUUUCCCGGACUUAUAGAAUUCCAGAUAGAAGUGAUCGUUGGUAUCAUACUGUGUAUAAUUGCCACCAUUCUUAUAUUUGUGUAUGCAAAUGGACAGAUAGGCCACAGCUAUCUAAUGUCUCCUGUUAUUUUGAACCUGAUAUCAGGUGUUAUAACAUGUGUGGCAGUUGGUCGAUUUUUACAUGCAAUUUUACGUAGUCUUGGUUACAACAUGGGAGUACCCUACUCCCUGAUACUUAGCGGUCUGGGUGCAGUCAUGUUGUUUGUUAUAAUCGUCGUUCUUAUUGUAAAGAAAACACAAGACAGUAAUAAAAUUCAGUCAUCACAAGGAAUUGUCUUGGCAACUACCUCUAAACCUCAAGUGAAUAUGGGUUAUAGCCAGGACUCACCACAGCAAUAUGGAAUUCCACCAAAAUAUGGUGUAUAAGAUACUAAAAACUAUGAAGGCACCUGACCUGCAUCUGUGUCGUUUUCACCAAAAGCACAGAGAGAGAAAGAGAGAGAGAAAGUUAACAUGUUAGAAUUUGUUUUAAAAACUACACAAAGAACAAGAGCGUUAUUCUAGUUUGUGGUUCCACUUUAAUAAGAAGGGGGCUAUCAAAGCAAUGCAUUUUAAAUAUAAAUGGCAGACUAUAUUGUUUACGAUUCUAUUUAUGUAACUUUAUUUAUUUACAUUUGUACAUAUAUCAUUCACAUGUAAUCAGAUAUGUCUAUGACAAGUCAACGCAAUAGUUUCUAUGAAAUAGAGUGGUGACCAGUACAAAUCAACUGUCUAUUGGCUAUUACCUCAUUUGAAUUUUAAUCUAAUCUGUGAUAUAAUUUGAAAAAGACUUUCUGUGUCAUUUGGUCUCUUGCGGAGAGUUGUCUCAUUGGCACAUACCACAAAUUCUUUUUAUAUUUAUACUUUUACACAUGUUUUUCCUACAAAUAUCAAAAUCUGUAUUAUUUUUAUUACCUUUUAAAAAAAAUAAAAAUGCAUUCAAAACUGUU